AUGGAUUUCCCAUAUAUUUGCCUGCUACUAACAUUGUUGCAGAAGGCGAACAUCCCUGUUUGUAUAGUUGGUGAACUUGCGUUGAACUACUACAAUCCACCUCGCGUGGUUCAUGACCUGGAACUUUGUGUUCCUGCAAGAGAUCUCGAGCUGGCAACAUCGAUCUUUAGGGCUCAAAAAUGCCUGACUGAGCAAGAGGCAACCAACUACAAUAUCUACACUGAGUAUAAACGAGGAUUUCCCCGUUUUCAACUCAGCUCCUCCAUGCCUAGCUUUGUUGUUCUUUUUACCGACGCGUACUACCAUCUAAACCAACUAGAACAAAAUAUAAUCCCCCCUCAAGAGCAUAAGGGCAGACAAGAGUACUACAGCAAAGAGAUACUCGACUCCGUCGCUGCUGACCAGGUCGCCACCUUACCGCUGCCACGAUUUGCGCCCUUUUUUACUGGCUUCUGUCGAAUGUACAUCAAGAAACAGGAAGCCACUGCCGCCAUAGCCGCAGAGAUGCUGGUUGAUGGAUUGGACAUUGAUGAAGCAUGGUGCCGAAAACGUCUCAGCGCUCCAGAGUACGUGGCUGAGCUCAAAUUUGCCUUGGGGCUGGCUGAAUGGAAUUGGUCGCGGAUUUCGGAUUUCACCCCGAAUGAGGUUACUUACUUUAUUGUUAAUCGUCAGGAAGCCCAAAGGGUCCGACAAAUGCCCGGAUUUUCAUGA